GUGGUCGGUGGUCCGCGGUGCUCCCGCUCCAGCUCCGCGAGCCUCGGCCGGGGUCUAGCCGUUCUCGCCGCCGCCGCCAGCCGCGCUGCUCUGCGGGAACAUGGUGUGCUUCCGCCUCGCCCGGGUUCCGGGCUCGGUGCUCGUGCUGCUCGGCUUGGUCCUGGGUGCUGUCCCAUCUUAUGCAUUGGAGGUUAAUCAGACAGAUUCAAAAAAUGCCACUUGCCUUUUUGCAAACUGGCAUAUGAAUUUCACAAUAAACUAUGAGACUACAAGCAAAAGUUACAAAAAUACAACCAUUUCAGACAAUGGCACUGUAACAUAUAAUGGAACCACUUGUGGGGAUGGAAAGAAUUUUUCCAAAAUCGAGGUGCAACUUGGACCUGUUUCUUGGAGUGUGAAUUUUACCAAGGAGUCUGAUUAUUAUGUUAUUGAAAGCAUCUCAUUGUCCUACGACACUGCAGAUAACACCACAUUUCCUGAUGCUAAAGAUAAAGGAAUUAUUUCCCUUAAUAAACUUGUAAGAAGUGAAAUUCCACUGAAUGAGAUAUUUAGAUGCAAAAGUUUAUCAACUUUAAGCAAUGAUAAUGUUGUCCAGCACUUUUGGGAUGUUCAUGUUCAAGCUUUCGUCCAAAACGGCACAGUGAGCGGAAAAGAAUAUCUGUGUUCUCAAGAUAGAAGUGCAACCACAGUGACUCCCACUGUUCCUACUACUACACCAUCUCCUACCACCACACCCACUCCCGAGGAAAAACCAGAGGCUGGAAACUAUUCGGUCAGGAAUGGCAAUGGUACUUGUCUUCUGGCUACCAUGGGACUGCAGCUGAACAUCACUAAUGGGAAGGUUGCUUCGAUUAUUAACAUCAGACCCAAUGUAAUUGACUACUCUGGCAGCUGCAAUCCUCAGACUGCUCUACUUAGGUUGAACAGCAGUGACAUUAAGUAUCUGGAUUUUGUCUUUGUGAAAAAUGAUAGCCGAUUCUAUCUGAAAGAAGUGAAUGUCAGCAUAGUCAUUAAUGGCACUGAUUUCAACAUGGCAAAUAAUAAUCUUAGCUACUGGGACGCCCCACUGGGAAGUUCGUACAUGUGCAACAAAGAGCAGACUGUUCUGGUGUCUGAAACAUUUCAUAUAAAUACCUUCAGUCUAAGGGUUCAGCCUUUUAAUGUGAUGGAAGGAAAAUAUUCUACAGCCCAGGAGUGUUCGCUGGAUGAUGACACCAUUCUAAUACCAAUUAUAGUUGGUGCUGGUCUUUCAGGCUUGAUUAUCAUUAUAGUGAUUGCUUACCUAAUUGGCAGAAGAAAGAGUUAUGCUGGAUAUCAGACUCUGUAACAUUAAUCCACAUGUGAUCUGUUAUAAAAAAAUAAAGCAAGUACAAGUUCCAACAUGCAAAACUGUUCAAUUUAAGGUAUAUUUAGCUGCAGUUGAUUAGAAUCAGUGGUAUGGGGGGGCUUUCAUACUUAAAUAAAAAUACCCCCAAAGUAUAAAUGCCAAAUAAGUCAUAGGGCUUUGCUUUCCCCAACCAAGGAAUUUAAAACUGUUUCUACAGCAAAAGGCAUGUACCAAAUUAACUAGAUUGUAGGUUCUAUUUUAUUGUCUUGAAUUAGUGUUCUGGUGUUUUCACUUUAGAUAUUCUGAAUAGAAAUGCACAGUUUAGGAAAACCAGUUUUUUUUUUUGUUAAAAAAAAAUUUCUUCCUGCAUGUAGUCAUUUGAGACAAGACAUUCUGCAGUGGAUUUGUACUUGCUCCUUUUGCAUUUUUUGUGAUUUUUGUUUGCAGGUUAACUUAGCUGCUUUGGCAUUGCCGCAUAUCUGACCUAUGAAAGAUACACCAGUAGAUUUGAACAGGGUCUAGUAUUAUGUUCUUAGUAAUGAAUGCUUUUCUAAUACCUUUUGAAUACAUUUGUAUUUAAUGUGACUGUAAUGACAAAAGACACAAAAGCUUUUUAAAUUUUAGAAUAGGUGUUAAUCUUACUGUUAACCCUUUUUGAAGAAAAAACUGGAUAUUGCAAUCUUUUAGAUGGCAAGACACAAGACUAUUCUAACUGGGCAUUUCAAGUCAUGUAGGUGCUUUAGAAAUAAUUGCUAGGCAAUGCCAAUAUAGGGCAUUAGUCCCUUGUACCCAUAAAUUGCGCUCUACGUGGAGUGCUAAAAUUAAUGUAGAUUUUUCUUUAGCCUUCCAAUAUCCUUGUUGUUGGUAGUGUUUUUUUUUUUCCUUAAAGAAGAAAUGCCAGUAUGUCCUAGAACCUAGAAGAAGUGCACUUAGACUUAUAAAAGUAACUUGCACCUAACCCAAAAGUCUUGGUCUUCUCUUAGUCUGUUGAAAAGUUGUUUUUUUUGUUUCCAGCUUGCAUCGAUUGCCACCACAUUUACUAAUUUGACUUUCACAUUUAAAUGGUUCUUUGCUAAUCAAAACUUACAUUGUCAUUGUUCAUUAUGGUAGCAUCAUUAUUAAUUCAUAUACUUUGUGCUCAGUUUUGUUCUCUGGGGAGAUGCAGCAAUUGUCCAUUUACUGUGCACCACCUUAUGUUUAUAUGAGAAAGCAAAGCAUUUCAGUUUGAUAGUUAACACAUCAACUAUUUCCUGCUGCUUCAGGGAGUCUUUUUUUCUUUUUGAUACUGAAAUGGCUGAGCAUAUGUUAAAAAAAAUUGUUAAUAUGCAGCUAUAUAUGGAAGGGUUCCUGUUUAUAUAUGGAAGGUUCCUGGAAGAUAAGGAGUUACCUGGAUUUCAAUAUAUUAAGGGUAUUGAAGGCAUUUGGUAGUCUAGCUGUACGUACACACAUACAGAGGCGAUUGAUUGUUAGCAUCUGUAUGUCUAUAAGUACCUUUUGAAUUACAUUUGAGGGAUAAAUUUUUCUCCUACUUAGAUUUGCUCUCUGUUUAUUGAAGCCUGAAAAAUCUUACUGGCUCAGAAUCAAAUUCCUGACUAGCCCUUCCCUUAAAGCUACAUUGAGCUGCAUUGCCAGCUUUAAAGCACCUUCUAAAGACUAAUAAUAAAUUUGAUUUCUAAAAGCAUUUUAUUUAAAUAGUGUUUUAGUGUAAGAUUGUUAACUUUUUAAGAAUGCUUAUAAGAAUGUUGUGGGCCUUAGAUAUUUCUCACGAGUUAAGUUUCUUUUUUUAAAUUAAAAAUUAGAAGCACAAAUGGGUGGCUUGGGCUUAAUGCUGUUAAUGUUUCUAAAAGUUUCUACAUUUAGAUUAUAUACCUGAUUCAUAUUAAAAUACCUCUAAUAAGCUCUUUUAUAGAAAAUCUGACUUAAUUGAAUAUUUUUGUAUUUUACAUGGGCCAGUUUACAUACUGUUAUUUACAUGAUUAUUUCCUAUACCCACAUGUUCUUUGUACCUCUUGUAGGUUUUGUUUGUUUUACUGGGUUAACACCUUGAUGGUCUAAUACUUUAUUUCAUUCUGGGCAUUUUUCAUGUUUUAGCAUUUGUAUAAAGAAACUGGUCCACGUAAAUACUUUUCAUGUUUUUUUUUCCUCAAAUGUUUAAACUAAUAGUUGAUGUAUGGUAUUUCUCUUUAGAUAUUUGCCUGUCCAUUUGCUCAACAUAUUGCUUCUAAAACAAACAAUAAAGAUUCUUUUAUUUCUUAAGGAA